GUGUGUGCACUGCCCUGGCUGGCACGAGGCCUCCGGAACCUGAGAGAGAGGGCAAGACCAGGAGAAGGCAGGCCCAGCACCAGCGCUGAGAUCGGGAGGUGGCAAGAGGCCAGGAGGGAAGUGAGCGGUGUCGGAAGGCGAUAAGCCAGAUGAAGAAGAGACUCUUUGAGUUCGUGAGCUGGGUGGACUUCAGCAUCCAUCAGAGAGAGCGCAGGAAUCGUGAGAAGCCCGUGCCUGGGUAUCACGUCCAUAAGUGUGAGCUAAAGGAGUUCCACAAAGCCGCAUAUUUAGGUGACACGCGUACAGUGCAGGAGUUGCUGUCACAUAAGAAAAAUGUAGACAGCAGAGACAGGCAGAACAGGACUGCCCUACACUUAGCCUGCGCCAGCGGCCGGUCAUCAGUGGUGGCUCUCCUUAUCCAGUGGAAGUGUGACCUGGAUGCUCGUGACAAGGAAAGCAAGACAGCUCUCAUCAAGGCUGUACAAUGCCGGAAAGAAGCGUGUGUCAGUAUCCUGCUGAAACGGGGUGCUGACCCAAAUCUUGCGGAUGACUGUCAAAACACUGCUCUGCAUUAUGCCGUCUUGGCUGAAGAUACAUCAAUUGCAGCAGAGCUGCUCCGCUAUAAGGCAAAUAUCGAGGCGAUAAACAAGUAUAACUUCACACCAUUUUUAGUCGCCGUCAGGGAGAACAAAGAAGAGAUGGUCGAAUUUUUGAUAGAGAAUGGGGCAAAUGUACAUGCAGUCGACAUGCGGCAAAGAUCAGCGCUCAUGCUUGCUGCACAUCAUGACUCACCAGACAUAGUCAAGCUGCUUCUUCAGAAGCAUGUUAAUGCCUGUUCUCUAGAUUUUCAAGGAUGGUCUGCUGAAAGAUAUGCUUGUUGUAAUGGUUUUAAACAAAGAAGAAAAGGAAAAAGAAACUGGUCCUUCAGUCGGGUCAUGAUUGACCUCUGCUCCUGGGAUGCCUGUGCUGAUCCAGUUUCCGCGGUCUUCAUGGCGAUCGACACCAUUUACCAGAUGAUUGUCGACUACAAAGACGGAAAGAUACCAAAUAUUCCCCCUCAAAGUAGCGACCCAGGACAGAGUUCUGCUAAGAAGAGUUUACCUUCUUCGCAUACUGGGGCAGAAAACAUCCAAGAAAAGUUGCAGUUGUCCGGCAAAGACGACAAAGAAGAAAUGGUUGUCAAGUUGGGAACCAGCAAUGGCAGCCGCGUGGAUCCACUGAAGAAUGUUGAGCAGAAGACGGAUUUAGUGGUUGAGGUUUCACCGAGUAAUGAAGAUAUCUCUGUCAUCAGAGUUUCACCCAAAUAUGAUACUGAUGAUUCAAGGCCUCCAUCAGAUGAUGACUUAGCUCUUGCUCCCAAGAGUACCUCUGAGAUUCAACUACCAAAGCAUGUUGGCCAUUUAUCUGGAGCUGCAGGUCUACGAGACAAAAAUUCAUUAAAUGGACAAACAGAAAAGUCUACUGAAAAAUAUCCUCACCUGAAGCCUGCAGUUGGAGUGAAAGAUUCUGUUCCUAAGAAAGCAGGAGCAAUGAAGAAUUUACAAAGAUUCAAAUCAGCAGACCCAGACUUCCAAAGGGCAUCUGAGGAAGAGCAAGAAAGACUUGAUGGAAGUGAAAAUAACCUCUCACAGGUCAAAGAGCACAUGAAUUCUGUGGAUGGCCUCGAUGACUUAACUCUGUCACCGGGGACAGCUUCCGAGGAUUGCGAGUCGCUUUUCCCUAAUUAUAAGAACACCCUGAGGCUAAUCGAACGACUUGGCCCGGAGAGUAAAGAUUCUGAUAGGUUAUUGAAAAUUCAGGAUCCAGUUGAUUCAUUCAGAUCAGUAGAACUUAAAGAAUCUGACUCUACACAACUUAGAGGAAAACUUAAAGAAAUGGAAAACAAGGUGAACUGGCUACACACAGAGCUGCUGAAAACAAGAGAAGCAAAAUCACAGUUAAAACUUCAAAAUGUGGAGUGGGAACGAGAGCUCCGCCACAUGAGAUUCACAUUAGAACAAGAAACAAAGAAGAAAAAUGCUUAUACAUUAUAUGAAAAAUCUAAGGAUGAUUUAAAAAGAAAAGAGAAACAAGACAAUGAGCAAGUUUACGUGAAACAACAGCUUGAAAGCACUGCCCGAGCACUCGAAUGCAAACCGAAGAGCGUAAGGAAUAAACCAAAUCAGGUUUUAGAAGAGCGAAAUGACGCUCAGAGACAACUUUCUCAAGAGCAGAAUGCCAGAGUAAUACAAGAUGAAAUCCUGGCCCAUCAUCUUUCCCAACAAAAGGAGGCAGAAAAGGCUAAGAAAAUGAAUGCUGAGGACACAAUGGAUUUUGAGCUGUCUGACCCAAAAGAUAGCAGCGAGGUGCUUCCUCAGCAACUUCCUGAAGCUGAACGUCAAUUCCGUGGCCCAGAAAUUGAGCUCCAUCCCAGGAGAGAUGCUCUUAGACCAACGACGUUGGUAUUAGAAUGUGUGCAUAGAGACCGAGGCCAAGCCCAGCGUUCAAACAAGGAAACUGAACCCUUGUCUCAGAGCAAACAAGGGGAAUUCAGCAAAUACAUUGGAAAGCAGGCAUUCUUGAAGGAGACAAUAUGUAAACUACAAAGUGAAAACACGUUGCUUCGACAGCGACUGGAAGUUGCUCAAAAUGAAGCCGGAAGUGAAAAGACAAUACUUAAUACCCCACAGCUGUUUCUGGAUCACAUGGGAAAACUUGAAGCCAUGAGCAGACGAGUUCUGAUGCUGGAGGAAGGAAACAAGGAGUUAAUCGAUGAAUGCAGAUGUUUAAAGCACAGACUGUGUCAGUAUGAAACUGACAGAGCAGAAAUGGAAGCCCGUAUGAGACAGCUUCAACAAGAGCUGACUGACACCCGAAAGAAAGUGUCCAUGUUGGAAGCGUCCCUGGAGGUGGCAGCACAUCAUCAGACUAAUUCAGAAAACAAGAGACGGGAUGGAGAGAGGAAGUCACAUGGAACUGCGAACCCAGUACGUGUGAAAUUCAGCACGUCGGCCAAUGCUGAUCUUCCAGCAAAAGAGGAAUCUACAUCUUCAGUACUUCUCCGUCUGAGUGCAGAAACUCAGCUUCUUCUAAAGGAGUUAUUACCUGUGAAAGAGAUGCAGAAGAAAUGUGAAGCACUAGAGGAGGAGAAGAAGAAGUUGGAGGAAGAAGCAGUAAACCUGAGACGUCACCUCGAAAUGAACCCAGUGGAACGCAGUCAAGUGGGGCAGUACGAACGGGAGACUGAGGAGCUAGCAAGACGGGAUGCAGCAGAAGCACUGAAAGAACUCGGGCGAGCUGUGCAGCACAGACAGGAAACUGAAGAGCAAGCAAGACAGGGUGUAGUAGAAAAACUGGAAGAAAUCAGCCAGUUUUUACAGGCACAAGCAGCAUUUCAAGAAAACGUGUUAAGAGAGCAUAAACGUGCUUCAGUAAGUCAAACGGAACACAGAGUUAAAGACCUGGAACCUGAACUGAAAAGUGAUUCUAAUGAAAACAAAUUGGAAAAAUACAAGCAACUGUACCUGAAAGAGCUAGAAAAUAGAAAGUCUUUGUCAAGUCAGCUAACCUCGGUUAAUGAGAGGCUGGCCGAGGUGAGCACUGAGCUUCUGCUGGAGAGACAGCACAAGCGCUCUUUCCCUGGCUUUGUUCCUGCAAGGCCUGUUGGCGGACCGCCUUCUGCCGCUGGUACUAGCGUGGAGGCCAAAAGGAGUCCUACUCGAAGAAGGAACUUCAGGACUUUUUCAGACCCUUCAACCACCUAGAGCGAUCACUUGUUCCAGAUGCAGAAGUCAAUGAAUAAUAUAGCUAGAGGAUUAAAGCUACUACUGAACUUGAAUCUAAGUCCUGCAGACUCUCUCGUAGCCUUGAUGGACGAGUCAAGUCUAAGUCCAGAUCUGGUUUCAAAAGCAUGUGAAGAGUAUGUGGAGAUUUUGAAGAAUAAGCAUAUGAUCUGCAAGAUAAAUACUAAACAUUUACCUGCUGGGCUGUUUGCCUAACAUUUUAGUUAUUUCCCGUUAUGUAAGAUACUGACACUGUUUAUUAAGGGAAAAUACUCUUGUUGUAUUAUAUGUGCAUGAUUAAAAUUGAUGUAGUAUUUUAAA